AUGCUGUAUCAGAAUAGUACGUGCCCCUUUUGGGUGUUCGACGAUAUAACAAGGUGUUCUAGAGAUAAUUAUUUAGAUUUUGGUUUACCGUUAAUAUUAUUAAUAGCAUCAUCACUGGUUUUAGUGAUUAAAAGUACAAAAUCCAUACUAAAGAGGAAUAAGUCUAUCAAACUACAAGAUGGAGAGACAAGACCUCUCUUGUCCAACUCUGGUGCUUAUGGGACGAUUGAAGAAGAAGAGCCCAGAAAGGACGCGAUUAAGAAAGCCCAUUUCGACCUUAAUCGUUUGACUGAUACCAAUGAGGAUGGUUCACCACACGGCCAUAUUCAAGAAGUAUAUAAGAAUGCAUGUGAAAGAUUUAGAGUGUCCCUAGAGUAUUUGCUAGUUGCGCUACAAUUGGGAAUUUCCCUUUCUGCAUUCUUUGUCAGGGACCUUCGUAAGGAAUGGAAAAACACCCCUUAUGUCCCAGUGACGAAAGCUUUAUUUUGGGCUUAUUUAUUUACUAUCUGUACUAUCCGUACUAUAAAUUUAAAGAAGGUCACAAUUCGUUUACCCAACUUAUGGGUUCAUUCCACCACAUUAUAUUUCUUUAACUUUUUCCCUGCCAUCCUUAUUUUCAGAUCUGUUUUGAUUGGCCAUAUUAAGAAUAAAACAGUUCGUACUUUCUAUAUCACAGAAUUUGUCAUUGCGUCUAUCUUGUUAAUUUUGAACUUCACGGCAAGUAGUGGCGAUAAACCUUCAAAAUUAUAUGUUACUACUGAUGGUGUCAAGCCAUCACCGGAAACAGUUUCUAGUAUUUUGUCAUUCACUACUUAUUCGUGGUUGGAUAAAAUGGUUUUUCAAGCUUAUAAGAAUCCCUUAGAGAUGAAUGAUAUUUGGAGUUUAAGACGUGAUGAUUAUGCCCUCCUUGUUUUGCAAUCAUUCGAAGCCAGUAAAUCAACGGCAAAGUUCACUAUUAAACUUUUUUCACAUUUUAAGUAUUUAUUUGCAGUUCAGGCAUUUUGGGCCGUUGUUCAAUCUAUAACCGUAUUCAUCCCAUCAUUAUUGUUGAAAAGGAUUUUAGAAUACGUUGAUGAUCCAAUUUCCACACCAAAGAAUUUGGCUUGGACUCUUGUAUGCUUAAUGCCGUUUAUUAAGAUGUUGGAUUCUAUAGCCUCAGGUUGUUCUUUAUUUUUGGGUAGAAGAGUCUGUUUAAGGAUGAAAGCUAUUCUUAUUGGUGAAAUCUAUGCAAAAGCUUUAAGAAGAAAAAUCACGGUAUCUGAGGUUUCCAAGAAUGAUGCUGAUUUAGACGACAAGACCAAGAAGAGCAAGAAAAACAAAGACAAGAAGAAGAAGAACGAUAAAGAAGAAGAUCCAAGUAAUACGGCUGAAUUAGGUGCGAUUAUUAAUUUAAUGUCUAUUGAUGCUUUCAAAGUGUCUGAAAUUUGUGGUUAUCUCCAUUUUUUUGUUGGGGCUUUUUUUAUGAUUAUUAUCUGUAUUACUUUAUUAUAUGGUCUUUUAGGUUGGAGUGCCUUAGUAGGUGCUAUUUCAAUUGUUGCUUUAUUACCGCUUAAUUACAAAAUUGCGUCAUAUAUAGCUGGGUUGCAAAAGAGAAUGUUGUCUAUCACGGAUAAGAGAAUUCAAAAGUUAAAUGAAACCUUCCAGAGCAUAAGAAUUAUCAAAAUUUUUGCCUGGGAAAAUAAGUUUUUCGAAAGUAUUAUGAAAGUCAGAAAUGAAGAAGUACAUGAAUUGAAAUUGAGACUGGCAUCCUGGGCUGCUGGUGCAUUCGUCUGGUUUAUUACUCCAACAUUGAUUACAUUACUUUCUUUUUACUGUUAUACUGUUAUUGAGGGCAAUACGUUAACUGCACCUAUUGCUUUCACAGCAUUGUCCUUAUUUACUUUAUUAAGAACCCCAUUAGAUCAAUUAUCCGAUAUGACUUCAUAUGUUGUACAAUCCAAGGUCUCUUUAGAUAGAAUUGGUGAAUUCUUGGAUGAAGAAGAGACUUCGAAAUAUGAGCAAUUAGGUCAAACUCCAGGUCCAAACUCUCCAACUGUUGGAUUUGAAGAAGCAUCUUUCGCAUGGAACUUAAAGUCUGAAAAUGAUUUCAAAUUAAGAGAUCUUAAUAUUGAUUUUAAAGAAGGAAAAUUGAAUGUUGUCAUCGGUCCUACAGGAUCUGGUAAGACGUCGUUGUUAUUGGCUUUGUUAGGAGAAAUGGACUUAAUAUCUGGUAAGGUUUUCUUACCUGGCAUUAUUUCAAGAGACCACUUGGUUGUAGACCCUAGAACUGGUUUAACUGAUUCCGUAGCCUACUGUUCACAAUCAGCAUGGUUAUUGAAUGAAUCUAUCAAGAACAACAUUACAUUCUCUUCUCCAUUUAAUCAGAUUCGUUAUGACAAAGUUAUAGAAGCUUGUGGUUUAAAGCGUGAUCUUGAGAUUUUAAGUGCUGGAGAUGCAACUGAAAUUGGUGAAAAGGGUAUUACUUUAUCUGGUGGUCAAAAACAAAGAGUCUCUUUGGCCAGAGCAUUGUACUCAAAUUCGAAAAAUGUUUUACUUGAUGAUUGUUUGUCCGCAGUUGAUUCACAUACGGCGUUAUGGAUUUAUGAAAAUUGUAUCUCUGGACCUUUGAUGGAAAAUAGAACCUGUAUUUUGGUUUCCCAUAAUGUUGCAUUAACCGUUCAAAAGGCUGAAUGGAUUAUUGUUAUGGAAAAUGGUAGAGUUAAAACUCAAGGUAAUCCUGAAGACUUAUUGAAGACUGGUGACUUAGGAGAUGACGAUUUGGUUGCAUCUUCUGUUGCAAAUUCACGUAGCCAAUCUUCUGUUAACUUGAAAUCUUUAGAUGAUAAAAAUUCCGAAAUGAAAGCUAAAAGUGCUGCGAUUGAAGCCAAAUUACAGACAAUUGCAGACCAACCUGAAGAUGAUAUUAAGACUGAUGGUAAAUUAGUAGAAGAAGAAGGAAAGUCCAUUGGUAUUGUUGGUUUCGAUGUUUACAGCGGGUAUGCAAAACUUCUCGGUGGUUACUCGACUUGGACUGUUAUCCUUCUUGCUUUUGGUGUUUCUCAAGGUGUCUACAUGCUUCAAUCAUGGUGGUUAAGAAACUGGUCGUUAGAUAGCGAGAAGUCAAGUGAGUUCUUUAUGAGUAAGAUUGCAUUAGCCUCUGUUGGUACGACUUAUGAUUUUUCCCAGCUUAGACAACUACCAAUUGUUAAUACUAUUGUUGGAGCGUCAUCUUUGGUAGCUUCUAGUGUUUCAAAAGUAAAUGCUUAUAAAGAGGAGAAUAACACUUUAUAUUAUAUUACUAUAUAUGCUGUUAUUGGUAUUAGUUAUGCCAUCUUUGCAUGUAUUAGAGUUGUUGUCACUUUCUUUGCGGGUAUCCAAGCCUCAAAUAGAAUUUUCAAAAAAGUAUUAACUUCUGUUCUAGGAGCUAAGUUGAGAUUCUUUGAUAAAACUCCACAAGGACGUAUUAUGAAUAGAUUUUCAAAGGAUAUUGAAUCUGUCGAUCAGGAGCUUAUGCCAUUUGCUGAAGGUGCAUUUAUUUGUGUUGUGCAGUGUGUUUCUACCUUAGUGCUUAUUACGUUUAUUACUCCCGGCUUUUUAAUUUUUGCAUUUAUUAUUUCUUUCUUAUACUACUUAGUUGGUAUAUUCUAUGUUACCACCUCAAGAGAAUUGAAGAGAUUUGAGUCGAUUACUAAGUCUCCAAUUCACCAACAUUUCUCUGAAUCUUUGACAGGUGUUGCAAGUAUUAGAGCUUAUGGGGUUGAAACAAGAUUUAUGAAACAAAACUUGAAUUCUAUUGAUAAAAAUAAUAGACCAUUUUUCUACUUAUGGGUUGCAAAUAGAUGGUUGUCAUUCCGUAUUGAUGCUGUUGGGUCAUUAGUUAUGUUUUUCUCGGGAGUUUUUGUAUUACUUUCGAUUGGUAAAAUUGAUGCUGGUUUAGCUGGUUUAUCUUUAUCAUAUGCAAUCGCAUUUUCAGAAAGUGCUUUAUGGGUUGUUCGUCUUUAUGCUACUGUUGAAAUGAAUAUGAACUCUGUCGAAAGAUUGCAAGAAUAUUUCACAAUUGACCAAGAACCACCUCAAGAAAUCCCUGAAACUGAGCCUCGUGCUACAUGGCCUGAAAGGGGUGAAAUUAAUGUUCAAGAUGUUUCUUUAAGAUACGCUCCUGAAUUACCCAGAGUUAUUAAGAAUGUUACUUUUGAUGUGGAACCUAAUAAUAAGGUUGGUAUUGUUGGUCGUACUGGUGCAGGUAAAUCAACUAUCAUCACUGCUUUUUUCAGAUUUUUAGAUCCUGAAACAGGAAGCAUUUUUAUUGAUGGUGUAGAUAUUACAAAGAUAGGUUUGCGUAAUUUGCGUCAAGCAAUUACCAUUAUUCCUCAAGAUCCAACCUUGUUUACAGGUACAAUUAGAUCCAAUUUAGAUCCUUUCGAUCAAUACACUGAUGCUCAAAUAUAUGAGGCCUUAAGACGUGUUAACUUGAUCAGCACAGAGGAGUUGACGACUGGUUCUACUAAUGAAUCGAGUGAAAAUCAGAAUAAAUUCACAAACCUUGACUCUGCUGUCAGUGAGGGUGGUAAUAACUUAUCACAAGGUCAAAGACAAUUAAUGUGUUUAGGAAGAUCUUUAUUAAAGAGUCCUAAGGUUAUUUUACUUGAUGAAGCUACUGCUUCCAUUGAUUAUAAAUCAGAUGCCAUGAUUCAACAAACAAUUCGUCAAGAAUUUUCUAAUUCAACUAUUUUGACUAUUGCGCACAGAUUAAGAUCUAUUGUUGACUAUGAUAAGAUCUUAGUUAUGGAUGCCGGUAGGGUAGUUGAAUAUGAUAAUCCAUACGUCCUUAUCGCGAAUAAGAAUUCUUUAUUCUACAGUAUGUGUGAAAACAGUGGAGAGUUGGAUUCUCUUACAAAGCUCGCAAAGGAAACUUAUGUUAAGAACAAAAAUAAAGCAAUCAAGCCUUAA